AUGAAACAACACACAACUACAUGUAGGCGCGCGCGCGCCGCCGCCACCGAGCUCGGCUCCAUGCUCAGGAAGCGAGCCACGUGCCACACCGCUGCACGCACAACACACAUUCAAAUGAAACAACACACAACUACAUGUAGGCGCGCGGGCGCCGCCGCUACCGAGCUCGGCUCCAUGCUCAGGAAGCGAGCCACGUGCCACACCGCUGCACGCACAACACACAUUCAAAUGAAACAACACACAACUACAUGUAGGCGCGCGCGCGCCGCCGCCACCGAGCUCGGCUCCAUGCUCAGGAAGCGAGCCACGUGCCGCACCGCUGCACGCACAACACACAUUCAAAUGAAACAACACACAACUACAUUUAGGCGCGCGGGCGCCGCCGCUACCGAGCUCGGCUCCAUGCUCAGGAAGCGAGCCACGUGCCGCACCGCUGCACGCACAACAGACAUUCAAAUGAAACAACACACAACUACAUGUAGGCGCGCGGGCGCCGUCGCUACCGAGCUCGGCUCCAUACUCAGGAAGCGAGCCACGUGCCACACCGCUGCACGCACAACACACAUUCAAAUGAAACAAUACACAACUACAUGUAGGCGCGUGCGCGCCGCCGCCACCAAACCCGGCUCCAUGCUCAGGAAGCGAGCCACGUGUCGCACCGCUGCACGCACAACAUUUCAUAGCGUAUUCACGUAA